AUGGACGAUCUGACCAGAAAGGUCCAGGACCUGAAGAACUGUUUGCAGUUCUCCCAGGAAUCUCCACAUGAGACCAGGAAGGAGUCUGGGCUCAAAGUGAGGGAAAUGAUCACUGUGAAAUUGAACAUUAACCACAGGAAGAUUGAGGUGGAGCGGGCCCACAGGAUUGGAAAACCCACCACCAGCACAGCAUUUAACGUGACCAUCCGUAGUGACCGGCGUGGGACAUGUAAGGGAACCCAUGUUGUGUAUGCCUGUGUUGGAUACUGUGAGUCCAGUGCCUUUCCCUCACGCUACUCUGUCCUGGUGGCAUCUAACUUCACUCACAACAUCACCUCAGCGUCAAGAUGUUGCACCAUCAGCAAGGAUGCAAAGAUCAAAGUUCGUCUGGACUGCCCUCGUGCUCGUCAUCACAACGACAUUGAGAUCCUGACGGCGCGGGCCUGUCACUGCGACAUGUGUCGCAAGUCACACUACUGAGAUGCCACUGUCGCCGCGGGAACAUGCACAAACUGUAUCAUGAGGACUGGGAUAAGAAGGAGUCCUAAGGAGAGCAAUCUGUCAAUCAAAUGUACUGUAUAUGAGAGAGAGAGGUUUGUGCAUGCCUAGAAUGGAAUG